AUGACCGGCGGUGUCAAGGUCUCCUCCAGCCCUGGGCGGGAGAAGCUGCCCCCACCGAUCGGCCUCGCGCGCCUGCUGUACGGCAAGGCCAUCGGAAGCCGUAGCCGCGGACGCUCCGCCUCCGCCGCGCGGUCCAGCCCCAUGUUCGUGUCGCAGAGUCGGAGCCGUGGCCGUUCCGCCUCGGCGGCGGUGGAAGUGGCUGCCGCCGCCGCCGAGGAGGGCGAGCCUUCGUCGCCCAAGGUCACGUGCAUCGGUCAAGUCCGGAUGCGUAACAAAAACAGGACACCGUGGGGGAAACAUAGGAAGGCGCCUUCGGCCAAGAAGCAGAGGAGUCACUCCUGCCUCGUGUCCUGCCACUGCUUUCACAAGGCUUUCCUCUGUGUCGUGUUUAAGACGCCCCCUGGCGGCAGCGGCGGUGGCCGACGCCGUCUCUGGUUAUGGAGGCGGAGAUGGAGCUGCAUCCAAUCCGGCCGGAGCGAGGAGUAUAAAGAGAGGAAGAAGCUGGAUCCGGUUAAGUCGCCACAGCUACCGGAGUUUAUCACGUGCGCUACGAAGGAAGCGGAUCAAAAAUACGACGACGGCGAAGGGAAAAAUGGGGAGGCGGUGGUCGUGCGCGAGGAGCCACCGGUGCCUUUGUCAUCGGAGACGACAUCUUCUCCGCCGAAGAACGCUCUCCUCCUGAUGCGCUGCCGGUCAGCGCCGCACAACCGGGCGUCCUCGCUCGCCACAGGCCGGUUCGCGUUACCUCCAGACGAGGAGCUCGUGCAGCAGUCCGCUGCCGGAGAAGAAACAACACAGGAGGCGGCGGCGGAAGCGCAAGCGGAAGAGGAACAUCAAGUAGAGGACGACGAGGCAAAAGGGUCAGAAUCUCAGCGGCUGUUAGUGCUGCCGCGGAGCAAGUCAGAGCCGGCGUGGCGGGCGGCGGCGAAGCUGGCUGUCCCGGAGGCCGCCUCCUGCUUCUGGCCCGCCCAGGUCAACGACAAUCGGCUUCACUACUCGAGCCCCACCGACGUCUCCUCCCCACCGCAGUGA